CGCCCGCUCCCCGCGCGGAGGACCUCAACCUCGGGAUGGAGUGGCUGAGCAGGUUCGGCUACCUGCCACCUGCAGACCCGGCAACAGGGCAGCUCCAGAAGCAAGAGGAGCUUUCCAAGGCCAUUACCGCCAUGCAGCAGUUUGGCGGCCUGGAGACCACCGGCAUCCUGGAUGAGGCCACUCUGGCCCUGAUGAAGACCCCUCGCUGCUCUCUCCCGGACCUGCCUCCUGGGGCCCAAGCAAGAAAGAAGAGACUGACUCCGCCACCAACCAAAUGGAGCAAGAGGAACCUUUCUUGGAGGGUCCGGACAUUCCCACGGGACUCACCCCUGGGCCGGGAUACUGUGCGCGCACUCAUGUACUACGCCCUCAAAGUCUGGAGUGACAUCACACCCUUGAACUUCCACGAGGUAGCGGGCAACACUGCUGACAUCCAGAUCGACUUCUCCAAGGCUGACCACAAUGACGACUACCCCUUUGAUGGCCCCGGGGGCACCGUAGCCCAUGCAUUCUUCCCUGGUGAUCACCACACGGCGGGAGACACCCACUUUGACGAUGAUGAGGCAUGGACCUUCCGCUCCUCAGAUGCCCAAGGGAUGGACCUAUUUGCAGUGGCUGUCCAUGAGUUUGGUCACGCCAUUGGCCUGAGUCAUGUUGCUGCCCCAAGCUCCAUCAUGCAGCCGUACUACCAGGGCCCCGUGGGUGACCCACUGCGCUAUGGGCUUCCCUACGAGGACAGGGUGCGUGUCUGGCAGUUGUAUGGUGUGCGGGAGUCCGUGUCCCCUACUGCCCAGCUAGAUACCCCAGAGCCUGAGGAACCGCCCUUCCUGCCAGAGCCCCCCAACAAUCGGUCUGACAUCCUGCCUCGGAAGGACGUGCCUCACAGGUGCACUGCCCAUUUUGAUGCCGUGGCCCAGAUCCGUGGCGAAGCAUUCUUCUUCAAAGGCAAGUACUUCUGGAGGUUGACCAGGGACCGGCAUUUGGUGUCACUGCAGCCGGCUCAAAUGCAUCGCUUCUGGCGGGGCCUGCCACUGCACCUGGACAGUGUGGACGCUGUGUAUGAACGUACCAGUGACCACAAGAUCGUCUUCUUCAAAGGAGACAGAUACUGGGUGUUUAAGGACAACAACGUAGAGGAAGGGUACCCGCGACCCGUCUCCGACUUCAGCCUCCCACCAGGUGGCAUCGAUGCUGUCUUCUCCUGGGCCCACAAUGAUAGGACUUAUUUCUUUAAGGACCAGCUGUACUGGCGCUACGAUGACCACACACGGCGCAUGGACCCUGGCUACCCUGCCCAGGGCCCCCUGUGGAGGGGUGUCCCCAGCGUGCUGGAUGACGCCAUGCGCUGGUCUGAUGGUGCAUCCUACUUCUUCCGAGGCCAGGAGUACUGGAAAGUGCUGGAUGGCGAGCUGGAGGCAGCACCCGGGUACCCACAGUCCACAGCCCGGGACUGGCUGGUAUGUGGUGAGCCGCUGGCAGAUGCAGAGGAUGUAGGGACCGGACCCCAGGGCCGCAGCGGGGCACAGGAUGGCUUGGCAGUAUGCUCCUGCACUUCGGACGCACACAAGUCUGCGCUGCCAUCUCUGCUGCUGCUGCCGCCCCUGCUGUGGGGCCUGUGGACCUCAGUCUCCACCAAGGCAUCCUGAGGGCAGUGCUGGCCUCACGGAUCAAGGAGCCAAGGAGGGCAGGGACAGACACACUGGCCAGUAGGCAGCGGGACUGGUGCUCCAAGCAUCCGGUCCUCCUGUCCUUCCUUUCUCUCGCUGAACCCAGGGGUGCUGUGCCCUCUGCUGGAGCGGCCUCAGCUGGGACAGCGGGGUUUGUCCGUGCACCCUUCCCACCUGGAGCGGCCAUCGGCAGUGCUCCUUCCCUCUUCUGCGCACCAUGCUGCUUCAUCGCACCUUACUGGGCUGCCCAAGCCCAGCUGUCACAACCCCGGGAUGCCUUGUCUACACCUGAGCAGCUCUGACGUCUGCAUGUGGGCUGAUGGGGACAACGGGAGGUCCUCGUGGUGUUCAUAGGGGCCACUGUGCCUGUUUCAUGAGUGAGAGAGUCGACGCCCCAAUGGGGGAACAUGGUGGGAAAAGGGAACCUACCAGGAGUCUCACCCGCUGCCAUUUGCAGUAGCCUGCGUCGUAUCGGCUGCUACAGAGGAGCAGUCGGGAUCUGCCUGCAGGCACACAGAUGCUGGCCAGGGGCCUUGCUCCAACCAUCCCGCGCACAGCCAACUCUCUCCUCAUCCUAGACAGGCUAGAAGUGGAGGCUGUAUCCUGUUAUCUCCCUCCUUGUGGCCAGGAGAGAAGUUUGGGUCUCCUGGAAUGCUGUGGCUUGGGAGUGGGGUGCCUAUAGAGACAUCUCUCAUCUGCCAGCACCCAUUGCUUCAGCAAGAUGCCUCAUACAGUUCUGGACUAAGACCUUGCCGCCUAGACUCACAGCUGUCCCCUCUGCAGCUGUGGAUGGGGGUUCACUUAGAGAAGAAGGGCGGUUGGGUGAGCACAGGGUGACAGGGAAGGGCAGCUGCAGGGAUAAUGGUAUCAGGGUCUUCCGGAGCCAUGAGAGUGUUACCACCUGCCCUGCCCUGACCACCUGACUUGGAGAUAUAGGGCCAUGGGAGAACUGCUGCUCUGAGAGACAGACCCUCAUGGUCCAGAAAGGGCCUCUGUGGUAGAACCCAAGAUGGGAGUGUUCAGCUCCAGGGAGGAACCACCACAUUCAAAAGUUCUGGGAUGGAGUGGGCCUGAGGUUCGGAUGUAGAGAAAGCAGUUUCUGUCAUUGGACACAUGCUGAAAGUUAAUGCUCUCACACACACCCCACCCCUCCCACAACUGGCCCAGUCCCGUCUCAGGUAAGAAAGACCUCUCCACACCCCAGGCCACACUUCAUAUAUACAUGGCACUGCUGCCACCCCUUCCCAGGCCAGGCUUGAGUGCUGUCAGGAUGGAGUGAACGGCCAGCCAGGCCUGGGCUUCCCCCUUCCCGGCCCAUGCCACAGCCACCUGUCACACUGGACAGGCCAGGGUAUGGGGGAGUCUGAGGUUUCCCUGUCACGAAAGCCACCCCUCUCUGCACCUGUAUCAAAGCACGUUCCUUUGAGGCCCCACGCUGUCCACCAGCCUGCAGGACACAGCCGUCCUGUACAGUAGCAGGGAGGGUCCUGAGAGUCUUUGUCACAGCACUGAAAGCCAGGCCUGCAGGCUCGAGCUCUCUGAUGCUGGUGUCUCACUCAUUUUAAAACCCAAACUCUUAAUAAAAUUUUUCUACACUGGAUAGGUGACAGGUCGGCGGUGGAGCACUUGGCUAGCGUACACGAGGCGCUGGGUUUGAGUUCCAGUACAACCUCCCCUGCCCCCUCUAAAAUCCUCUGUAUUCUGGCCUUGAGUGAGAUGGUCAAUGAGCACAAAGUUCUCUGGACAGCCCUCCCAUGCCCACCUGCCUCCCUCCUUGCUGCAGCCAGUGGUCUCUCAGGGGGAGUGGGUGGGGGAGGUAGGUGCCAAUGCCCUGCUCCCACCAGGCUGUGCUCUGCUGGGUCUCUGUGUCUUACGGUAUGCUGUACCUCCCUGUGCAGAGGUUUCGGAAAUGAAACAAGAGCGUCUGCCCCCAGGUUGUUGGAUACGAUGCAGACUCUGGGAGCAGCCCGUGUUUCCCAGGACUUGACCCCUCCUGAGGGCGUGCUCUCCAGAAAACCUGGGGACUACCAGGCCACCAAAUUUUCUCCGUGUGUCCUCAUCACAUACUCUCCAGAAAAGCAGGCAACUAAGUGCCAUGAUCCCCUCCUACCCAGGUGCUGCCACCCGGUCUCGCCUGCCCCUGACCAACCUACCUAGACAUUCUGGGGCCUAACCAGCUCUUGUCCUGCAGCAGCAGCCGGCCUGCUGCCACAUGGCAUUCUUUUCUAGACAAAUUGUGCUAAACACAAA